GUUUUUUCUGGUCGACGGCAAAGAAAUAUUGAUUCCCCCCCUCCAGACAAAAUAUUAGUCUGAAUGUAACCGAAUUGUAUUGUAGGCUUCUUUCAUGACAGGUGAAAAUUUAGGCGGCACGCCACGAGUUUGGUGCUGUUAACAAUGGAAGGAGGUGAAAGUCGCAGGUUUGAAUUUUUAGAUUUACCAUGGGAGGAUAUUCUUAUUCCUCAUGUUUUAAGUUAUCUUCCACUGCGCCAACUUCUGAGCUUACAGAGAGUAAGCAAACAAUUUCAAACACUUGUCCAGGUCUACCUGGCCAACUGCCGGACAUUUGAUUUUUCACAGGUUGGUCUUUACCUUCCCAAGCGUGCAUUUUGUCACAUGGUGAGAGAAAACAAGGUGAUUCAAAAUCUCAACAUCCACAACUGCUCUGAAUGGAUCACUGAUAAGGAAUUGCUGCCUGUUAUUGGCCAAAACUGUCAUCUUCACCGGAUAAAUAUGAAAGGCUGUGUGAGACUGAGCCGCCAUUCUCUAGUUACAGUUUGUCUCAGCUGUCCCCAUUUGCAACAUCUUGGCCUCGCACAUUGUGAGUGGGUAGACAGUCUGUCUCUACGCAGCUUGGCAGAUCACUGCCCUCAUCUGGAGUCCAUCGAUCUUACUGCCUGCCGCCAUCUCAAGGAUGAGGCCAUCUGCUACCUGGCUAGGAAAUGCGCCAAGCUGAAGUCACUCUCGGUGGCUGUUAAUGUAAAUAUCACCGAUUUAUCUGUGGAGGAGGUAGCCAAGAACUGCCUGGAAUUGGAACAUCUGGAUCUCACCGGAUGCCUCAGAGUUAGAAAUGAAUCAAUUAGGACUGUCAUAGAGUAUUGCUCCAACCUUCGUUCACUAAAUGUUAACCACUGCCACAAUGUCACAGAGUCAAGUUUAGGAUUACUUAGAAAAAGAGGUGUGCAAAUAGAUGUUGAACCACCACUCCAGCGUGCUCUUGUUCUUCUGCAGGAUGUCAUCGGAUUUGCACCCUUUAUUAACCUCCAAAUCUAAAGCACUUCUUUGAGGUGGACAUUUUUUGGAUGACAUUAGUGAUUUCAUCAAAAUACCUCUUCCUUGUUGUUAUCUUCACUGUACAGUUAAAUAUGACACAUGGAAAGACAUCUGUACAUGCAUAAUGUUCUGCAGAAGCAAUUUGGCUUUGAGUGCUGCUUCAGUAUCUUUCCCCAUCUAGAAGAAUGCAAGAAUUGUUGUAUGUACUGAUAUUGUUAGCACCUUGAGUACUUUGAAGUGGACUUUACAAAAUUAAGAUGCCUAAAUAAACAGUAUUGCUUACUGAAUGGAUGUCUACCUCUUAUUCUUUAAGCAUCUCAAGUCAUAAUCUCAUCUGGAAUGUUUAGGACCUAUCACAGUGGAUCCUCACAAAUCUACAGAUUAAUUUUGUGCAAAAACUCUUGCUGGUCAUAAUGAAAAGAUGCUACACUAUUAACUUUCAUAAUGAAUAUAUAUUAGCUUCUCUGUAAAUAAUGAACGAAUGAUCCUCCUUUGACCAUGAAUGCUAUGGUAAUAAGUCUAUGCGUAACUAA